AUUUUUUAACGACAAAAAAAAAAGCAAAAGUCCAUAAUUUGAGUUUGAAACGAAUUGACAUUUUAAAAUUAUCAAAAUGAUUAAAUUAUUUGAUAAACCUUCUAAAGAACUUUCUGUUAAUCCUGAUGACCAAAAGGCAACUGAGAUUAAUCUCAUUCAAGGGAAACGUCCUUAUAUGAGAGCAUUUCAUUUUUCAUGGCUUUCCUUUAAUAUAGCUUUUACGGGCUGGUUUGCAAUUGCUCCUCUUUUACCUUAUAUUAAGGAAGAUCUAAAAUUAACCCCUGAACAAGCCGAAGAUGGAAACAUUGUAAAUGUGGCCUCCGCUGUAUUUUUCCGUUUUCUUGUUGGCCCUUUAUGUGACCGUUUUGGCCCAAAACGUGUUAUGGCUCUAUUGCUUAUAUUAGGUUCUAUACCUGUAGGACUUAGUGCUUUAGUACGUACCCCUGUUGGUUUAAUUGUUGUACGUUUCUUUAUUGGUAUUCUCGGUGCUACUUUUGUUCCUUUAGGAGGUUGGGGAAACAUGGGUGCUGGUAUUACUACUAUAUUUCUGGCUUUGAUCGCCGCUGGUUUUCAUUCUGCUGGUUUAAGUUCUAGCUUAUCAUGGCGCGUUUCUUUAGUUAUUCCUGCUGUUCUUUGCUUCACUGUUGGUUUAUGUGAUUAUUUCUUCACUGAUGAUUGUCCUCAAGGUGAUUGGUUUAAACGUGACCUUUCCCCUAAACAAACUGCAGAAAUUCAUAUAGCUAAUAAUGAAAAGAAGCCCAAUACAGAUGAUGCAAAUAAAGUUGUAACUGACACAGAUUCUGAAAAGAAUGUUCCGGCUCCUACUGUACCAAAACGUGAUCUUAAAACUUUCUUAUUAGCACUUAAAGAUCCAAAUGUUAUACUUUUAAUGAUUAUGUAUUCUUGUUGUUUUGGUGUUGAACUUGCUGUAGAUGGUGCUUUGACUUUGUUUUUUUAUGAACAAAAAAAAUUUAACCUUUCCAAAAAGGAUGCUGGUUUGAUCGCUUCACUUUUUGGUUUGAUGAAUUUAUUUUCACGUGCCACUGGAGGUUUCCUUUCGGAUUUUGCUAAUGAAAAAAUGGGAAUUCGUGGUAGACUUCUUGUUCAAUUUAUAAUCUUCUUUUUGGAAGGUUUAUUCCUAUUUAUAUUCCCAUAUACUUUAAAUAGUUUAGCUGAAGCUAUUGUUAUCUUAAUUUUAUUCAGUUAUUUCACUCAAGCCGGUUGUGGGACUUCUUUUGGUAUUGUACCUUUUGUAAAUCCAGAACUUAUGGGUGUUAUUUCAGGUCUAGUUGGUGGUGGUGGAAGUAUUGGUGGUGCUGUAUUCGCCGCAGUAUUCAAAAAAUUUCCUGCAAGUUCAACGCCAUUUACGAUACUUGGAAUUGUGGUAAUGGUAGUAUCAUUUACAUCAUUUUUAUUAAAGAUUGAAGGAAGAAGAUUACUUGAAUUUAGAAAAAAAUAAAAGAAAAAAGUAAAAUUUAAUACAGUAUAUGCAAUACUGUUAUAUAAACUAGUAUUAUAUU